AUGGCAAGAUCAGAUGAGGUAAUUGUUCUUAGCCAACAUAAGUACACCCUUAGCAUCCUUAAAAACACCAAUUUCGCUGAAUCUAAGCCUACCUCUUUUCUUUUGGAAUCCAACCUAAGACUUAGUAGCUCAGAUGGGGAGUUGCUCGAGGAUCCCACGAGCUAUAGAAGGCUUAUAGGGAGAUUGAUGUACCUCACCAUCUCGUGCCCACACAUCACUUUUAGCCAAUUUCUAUCCCAACCUCGCACUAUACAUCUUCAUGCCCUUCAUCAUUUGCUGCGGUACAUCAGAGGCACUGUAGGUCAAGGCUUGCUUUUUUCGAAAAGCUCAGAGAAGAGACUAAUGGCUUAUGUGGAUGCGGAUUGGGCAGGUUGCCUGGAUACUAGACAGAAUGUCACUGGGUUCUAUGUGUUCAUUGGAGAUUCUCUUGUUGCAUGGCGAUCGAAAAAGCAAAUUACAGUCUCCAGAUCAUCCAUAAAAUUCGAGUAUCAGGCCAUGGCAGCAGCUGCUGCUGAACUCACAUGGUUAAAGGGCCUCCUGUUUGACUUUUAA